AGCGGUAUAUUUCGUAUAUUUAUCGCAUCGAAAUGGUAAAUUUCGAAAUCCGUCUUGCGGUCACGCUGGUACAUAUACAAAAUUCAUUGAUUUUGUCAACGUAAAAAAAAACACACACACUGCGCAUAGCUCUGCACAGGCGAAACACAUUUAAAUUAAAGUUAAUUUAACGCAAAUAAGGAACGCAGCAGCAGAGGAACAAAAUGCAAGACACGCAAGACAAAUGCCAAGUGUGAAACGAAACCUACGGUGGAGUCCAAUAAGAGUUUCUCGAUGACCUGCUGGUGCCCAAUAACUAAUUUCCAAUAAGAAAGAAGUGCGAGAAAAAGAGCAUACGGUAAAAAGUAGCAAAAAAAAAAACAGAGAGGCACAAUUAAAAAGGCGCAAGCAAAAGACACUCACAAACAAACAAAAGAAAUAGAAAAGCAGCAAACAAAAAGCAAAAAAAAAAAAAAACAAAAAAAUGACAAUCGUUUUGGAGGAAUAAUAUUGGGUGGAAGCCAAAUUGGAGCUGCGGCGGCCGGCCGUAAAAUGCCCAGGAACAACACUUGCAGGUCAAGUGAAUGUGCAGCUGGUGUUAACGAUAACAAUAACGCCAACGAUAACGAUAACUGCAAUGGUGACGGCGAUCAGGCUAACGGUCAACAGCACGAUGGCAUUGUUGCCACCACAGCAACCGUUAAGCAGGAGUUCGAUGCGGCGCCGCCCGUUUGUCACAGAAAAUCAGAACGGCGAAAAAUCGCUCGCGACAUUUUCCUGGUGUUCGAGGAGCAGCCGAGCAGUCGAAGGAGGCGCGGCCGCGGCGGAGCGCGAGGCAAGUGUACGCGAGCCAAGCAGAAAUUCGGACAUCUAAGCGUGGCCAAGACGCCAAUGCGCAGCAGCAACACCAACAAUAAUAACAGCGCAAUCAGCGGCAGCAGCAGUAACAAUAACAACAACAACAAGAGUAGCGUCUUGCGGGAGAUCAAAACAGAACCAAAGUGCAGCACAGCAGCAGCAAAUGUAAGUGCAACGGCAACUGCAGCAGCAGCAGCAACUGCAACAGCAACGGGAGCAACAGCAACGGAAGCAAUAUCGGGAGCAACAGCAGCAGUAACAAAUGCAACUGCAACAUCGGCAGCUGCAACAGCGGCGACAGGCAUGCUGCAACAGCUGGAGCUAGAGAAGCCGCCGGCCAAAAUGGCCACAGUGAAACUUGAAACCAAAACAGCAUCAAAUGCAACAACAGCAGUAACAGCAACAGUUGCUGCAACGACAGCAGUAACAGCAGCAGCUGCAGCAGCAACAGUUGCUGUUGCGCCACAGUUGAGCCAAAGCAAACAACAGUUGAAGACGCAGCAAACGCCGCCGCCAGAAGCAGAAAGAUGUGGGGAAGCAGCAGCGGCAGGAAGAGCUCUGGCUGCCACGCCCACAACGCCCAGCGUGAAUCCGAUUUUCCUGUGGGUCAAACAGGAUGACACACGCAUCGUUGAGGUGCGCUGCGAGGAUUACGACAAACGCAAUCGCAUACGCCUCACCAAGACGACAAAUGGCUGGCGUUCCAUGCCCCGCACGGACGCCUCCUCGAGUCGCAUUGUCAAGUUCUUCCACAGCGGCGUGGCGCAGGUGAAGCGCGAGAAGCUGCAACAUCAGCAAUCCAUGGAGCAGGAGGAGGAGCUGGCACAAAAGGAGCAGCAGCAUCACCACCAUCACCAUCAGCUGGAAGAGGAGGAGCAACAGAUGACGCACAACUGGAGCGUAGUCCAAGAGGAUGAAGACCAACAGCAGCACCUGGAACAGCAGCAAGUGAUGGAGGAAGAGCAGCACCACUUGGAUAAGCAGCCAGCGCUAAUCGAGAGCGUGGUCGUUGUGCCCGCCCAGCAGCAGCAGGAGCAACAGUCGCUGGAGGAGACGACGCCCGACUUUGAUGCGCUGCUCGAUAGCGAAACGAAUGCAUCGACCAAGGCGACCAAGACGAGCACCACGAAUAGCAGCAAUCCCAAUACACCAACAUAUCAGAGCACGCCAUCGUCGCCAGCGCCGUUGGAGCUGCAACUCUGCCCCAAAACAGGACUCUUUCUGCCCCAAGGCGUGGCUGCCGAGUUGCCACACAAUAACGAGGUGGAGGAGGAAGAAGAGCAGGAACAACAAGCUGAUGUUGCCGCCCAAGAUGUGGAACUGGAGCAGCCAAAGAAUCUAAAGGAUCUGCUCGACGAUGCGGAUGAUCUGCUGCUGCAGCAAUGCAGCAGCGACAAUGGCAGCAACAAUGGCGUCGAGCUGCUCGAUUCGCUGGUGAAGCGCAGCUGCGAGGAUAACUUGCAGGGCACAACGACGACAACGACGAUGGCAACGACGACGGGAUCGGCGUCGGGAUUGAGUGCGUUCUGUGUGCCCGAUGUGGCGGGCAAGGAUUUGCCCAGCAUACUGGGCAUGGACAGCAGCAGCAUGGAUGAUGCACCCAAGUGCCUGUCGUUCAACGAGGCCGGCGAGAUUGAGGGACUGCAUGGGGAUCUCUUCCUGGGCAUCGAUGCCUUCGACAAGCAACCGGAGACGGUCACAGAGGCGACGCCAGCGACGGCAACCGAAGUGGAAGCGGAGGCGGAAACGGCGGAGACAGCAACGCGAACAGAGCUGGUGGAUGCGGAGCUGGAGACGGAGGCCGAGGCGGAUGCAGUGGUGGAGAAGUCAACGCAACCAGCACAACAUGUGGUGACCGCCGAUGAAACGCCCAAGGAUUUGAGCUACAAGAAGCGCGAAGAAGUUUGUCCUCCCUCGGAGUCGCGCAGUCAAUGCGCCGUCACCUCCAGCUCGGACAUACUGAAGGCCAAGUCACCGGAGCUGCCCGAGUUGCCAGCGGUGGCCAGCAGCAUACCCGCCGAGGUGGAGACCACCUCGGAGACCAUCAAGAAUCUGAUACUGGAGCAGUUCCUUAAGCUGAAUGGCGGCGCCGGUGGCGGCAACUCGCAACAGCAAGCGGAGCCCAUGGAUCUGGGCAAAGGGAAUGCACGUGUUGGAGCCGGUGGCGAUGAGAAGCUGCACACGGUGGUCAUCGAUGAUGAGGAUGAGGAGGAGGCGGGCGAUGGCGAUGUGGAGCCGACGGAACCGUUGCGCAAACGCGCCAAACCCAUCAAAAUGGACAAGGAUCCGGAUGCACUGACGCAGCUCAAGAUGCUGAUCAGCAAUCCGCAGUGGAAGGUGCCCGAUCCCAUACUCGUGCCAAAGGAUCGCCUGGGCGCUGUGUUGGCGUCGCCAGCGCGUGAAAUCCCGCUGCUGUUGACCACACGGCCAGAGUUGCGACUGCCGGAGGCGUUUGCCUAUCCGGAGAUCAUCCAGAAUCCCAACAUACUGGUCGUCACCAUGGAGCAACUGGAGGCCAUACUCAAGAACGAGGCGGAGCAGUCGAAGACGACGCCAACGACGCCAGCGCAAUUGCUGCCGCUGCCAUUGGUGCAGCAACUGCCCAGCAGCAAGGCAACAGCCAGUCCCAGUCUCAAGCAACAGCAGCAGCAACAGCACAAGCAGCAACCACCCAGCAAAACAUUGGUGACAGCAACACCGCCUCCGCCGCCACCUGCAACCACAGCCACUGCAUCCAGUUCGCCAGCUGCCGACUCCAGCAUGUCCACGGAGUUGAAUGCCACAACGUUGGCGCUGCUGCAGCAGAUGCUGUGGCUGCCGUACUUUGGCCAGUUGUCGCAGGAGUUCUUCAAGACGCUGAAGGAUCCGUUGGGGCUGCAGCGCAAGUUCAUGAGCAAUCUGCUGCCGCUGUACAACAGUCAGUUUGGGCUGCAGCAUCUCGAUGAGCUCUACAAGCAUUGCCUCAAACAGAAGCCUGCAUCCGAAGCCGAAGCACCGCCAGCAGCAGCAGCAGCAACAGUUGCUCCAACAGCAACAGCUGCUGUUGCUGCCUCCUCGCCAGCAACACCGACCAAGCCGCCAGCUGCCUUCAAUGGCUUCAGCAGUCCCAUGGAGCUGGCCUUCAUGCAGAAGCUGCUCCAGCAGCAGCAACAACAACAACAGCAGCAGCAGCAACCACAACAGUCGAAGGCAACACCACAGCAACAAUUGCAUCUGGAGCACAAACGAGCGCGACGUGAACACGAUCAUGUGGCCAAGGCGACGCCGCCAGCUGUCACACCAACUGUUGCUGCUGUUCCAAGUGCUGCGCCACCUGCAACAGCUGCUGCACCAGCUGUGGAGCACAAGCCACGCCUCACGUGCAAGUCGCUGUCGAAUCUACUCGAACCGGAGAGCAAUGUGGUGCCGCUGUUGAAUGUGCCUUUCGAUGCACUACGUCGCUCUGCCGCCAUGCACAACAGCCACAACAAGCCCGCUUCCAGCCAGGAUGCCAUGAUGAGCAGCGGUCGCCAGUUGCGUUCCAGCAAAGCCUGCGUCACCUACAAUCCCCUGGAGCAGCAGUCCAAGCAAUCGCAGCAGCAGCAACAAAUGCAGCGCAAACGUGGCAACAUGUUGGCACACGAGUUGCAGCAGCAGCAGCAGCACCAACAGCAGCAGCAACAACAGCAGCAGCAACAUCAUCAGCAGCAACAGCAACAUUUGGCCGAGGCUGCAGCAGCAGCGGCUGCAGCUGGUGGCGCUGGACUGGAUGCAAAUGCAGCAUUGUGGCAUCCACUCUUUGGCAGCAAUCCGAAGCAGGGCUACAACAGCCCUUGGCAGUGGACAACGGUGACGGCAACUGGCGAAUGACAGUCAAGCCGGGCUCACAAGGAGCCAGCAGCGGCAACCCACAACAGCAGCGGCUACGAGGAGCAACAGCAGCAGCAACAGCAGCUGGAGUACGGCAACAACUACCAUGCCAAGCAACAGCAGCAAUCGCUGACCUCGGCAGCAGCAGCAACAGCAGCAGCCAACAAUCAAAAUAAUCACAACAACAGCAGCAGCAGCAGCAAUAAUAAAUUCUGUUAUGACAACAUGUUUGCCAGCAAUCAGUUGCUCAAUUCGUAUCUGUAUCAGAAGAAUGACGAAGCCAGCAACUAUAUGACAGAGCAAAGCUACUGGCAGCAGCAACAGCAGCAGCAACAACAUCAACAACAGCAGCAACAUCAACACCAACAACAGCAGCAGCAUCAACAUCAACAGCAACUGCAGCAGCACCAAAAGCAGCAGCAGCAACAGUGGAGCAAUCACAACAGCAAUCAGCGCAACAGCAGCAGCAGCAACCAGAACAGCGGUAGCAACAAUCAGCGCAAUAACAACAACAACAACAAUAGCUAUGCCAACAAUUAUGCCGCAGCAGCAGCUGCCUCAAUGUACAUGCAACACUUUAAUCCCUACAUGCAACAGAAGGCGGCGCUGCUCGCCGAAAAGGCGGCACAAGCGGCAGCCGCUGCAGCGGCAACAUCAGCGGCAGCAGCAACACACGGCAGCAACAGCAGCAGCAGCGGCAACAGCAAUAAACAUGCUCGAUACGCGGGCGAUUAUGGCUAAGAAAGCACUUCAUAUAAUCAACACAACAACACUUGCAUAUUAACAUAUAUAGAACUAUACAAAUAUAUAUAUAGUAAACUUAUAUAUAUAUAAUAUAUAGGCAUAUACUAUAGUGACAGGACGUUUUAACGCAAGGAAUUGUCAAGAGAAACACAAAGAAGCAUCAACAAGGUAAACGGAAAACAACAAUAAUUAAAAGAAAAAACACACAACAUAAUUAUAAACAAUUAGUAAAAAUUUGUUAUUGGUAGUUUGUUAACAAAAAAAAAAAAACAAAAAAACAAAA